GGGAGGUCAAGAUGGCGGCUGGAAUAGCCAGGUCAGGAACUUUCGAAGUCUACAUAAGACAACAGUGGUGUGGGGUGGAUGUGACUCUAAAUGAAGAGUCAUUAACCCUCACACUUACGGAAAACCCCGAACAAGCGGGUGCAAUCAAUGGUGCGCCCGACAGUCGUCAGGGUCUUGCAAAUGGCAGCCCGGAAAUGCCUGAAUCUAUCGCCGGUCAGAAGCGAUUUGUGAAAGUCAUAAAAGAAGAAACAAAUGGUUUGGGAAUCAGCAUCAAGGGUGGAAAGGAAAACAAAAUGCCAAUUCUGAUUAGCAAGAUUUUCAAAGGAAUGGCAGCCGACAAGACUGAGAAACUGUACGUGGGGGACGCCAUUCUGUCGGUGAACGGGGAAGACUUGAGGGAGGCUACGCAUGACGAAGCUGUCAGGGCCUUGAAAAGAGCAGGCAAAAUAGUAGAGAUGGAAGUGAAAUAUCUAAGAGAAGUAACACCAUAUUUCAAGAAAUCGUCUCCUCUGAAUGAACUUGGAUGGGGGUCACACCCAGACCCACCGAAAGAAACAGUCAAAACGUCCAACUGGUCAGAAACGAAAACUAUACCACUCAAAAUGUGCUACCUCUGUCGGAACCUAAGUAUAUCUGACCUCGAACAAAAAGUUCUUGAACUUCAUUCACCAGAUGGAAAAAGCUCUUGCAUUCUCCGAUUCUCAGACCCUCUUACGGCCAGUGACUGGUUUAAUGCAAUUCAUUCUAACGUAACUAUGCUAACCCAGCAAGCCAUAUCAGAGGCCAACCAGAUCACAAUUUCUGCACCAAACCAGGGGGAAAUCAUGCACAUGGGAUGGCUCUCAGAACAGCUAACAAAUGAGCAGGGAAGCCCGAGCUGGAAGCCGGUGUUCAUAGCCUUGACGGACAAGGAUCUCCUUCUGUACGACACUGCCCCCUGGAGCAAGGAGGAGUGGGCCACACCCUUCCAGAGCCACCCACUCUUGGCAACCAGGUUGGUACAUUCGGGCAGGCAGAGCAACCUCAUCACCGGAGACGACGUCCUGACAUUUGGUACCCGCUCUGGGACUAGGAAUGGCGUGGAAACACACAUCCUCCGUGUAGAGACACAGCGAGACUUGGCAUUCUGGUCCCGGGCUCUGGUACAGGGCUCCCACGGAGCUGCAGUCCUUGUCAAGGAUGUCACAUGUCCUGUGACAUGGCAAGGGAAGAAAGCAAAGUUGUGUCUGAACUUUGACACAGGCUUCACAAUGAUAGAAGACAAGGGAAGCGAUGAAAUCCAACCAACCAUCCUGUGGAACUACCCGUUCGAGAGAUUGAGGAUGUCAGCUGAUGAUGGCCACCGACUGCUGUGGCUGGACUUUGGUGAAGAUGGAGAACAGGAACUGGAUUUGAACACAUGCCCAAAGCCAAUGGUGUUUGUUCUUCAUACAUUCUUGUCAUCCAAGGUUGCCAGACUGGGUCUCAUUGCAUAAUAAGCAUCUCAUAAAAUCAAUAGGAGAAAAUGAACAACCCUGCAGUACACAACUGCACAUUUUCUGUGUCUGUGUACUGGACUGUACUAUGACUUUAUCCUCCCUCUUUAGAAUGAUCUUAUUGAAAUCUUUUUACAAGAUAUUUUAAUAUUGUUUUUCAGUGAUUGUUUCUACCAUGGUGAUAUUAUUUGUAUGAGGAAACAAAUGGAUUGAAACAAAUGGCUUACUCCCUGAGAACAGGGAUUUGUUAAUUUGGAGUUUAAUUGUAGUUAUUGUUUAUAUGUUUUCAUAGUCUUUUGAUUUGUAAUAAAAAAUAUGUGAGGGAGGAAUAUGUACAAAUAGUGAUUUUUUUUUUAAGGUGAAAAGGAUGAUUUUUAUACAGUUUUCUAAAAACCAAGAUUUAGUUAUUAAGAGAUUUUUUGCAGCAUUUAUAAAUCAAUGCUUGAGAAAAAACAAAUAAGUAUUUGUAGCCAAUUGUUUGUCUUCAGUUUUACCUUAAAGCUUAGCAAUGGCUUGUGUCUUCAUCUACUGCUGCUUAAUGUCAUCAAAACCAACAAUCAACCCAGAGAUCUUUCAUAUUAUACAAAUCCACAGGUCCAAAUGUUUCAUAUUUACAUAAUGUUUCUUUUAUUUGAGCACCAUUUUUCAAAGUAACUUUAAGGUAAUCAUUGCUAUUAUUUUCUUCUUUACAAGUUGCAAAUUCAUUAAGUAUAGUUAUGGAGUUUACGAAAUCGUCGCAUGUGAGUGUCCGCUAUUGUUGACUGCCUGCCUGUAGUGUUCAUGUCAGAUUCAGUAUCCAAAUAUUACCAUGAAUAUGUUUGCAGCAUUCUACUUGUUUAUGUGCAUAAUAUAGCAUUUUGAUUUAGAAUUGCCUCCGUUCAGACCUGUUAAUACCAAAUCUUUUAAAAAUCAGAUCUUUUAUGCUCUUAAUAUAAUGCCUCUCUGCAUGAAGGUCAGAUAACCACUCCAAAGGAAGUCUCAUUAGUUGAAGUGUCUCUUCAACUUUAAGGCUUUAACAUUCUCUGUAUUAGUUGGUGAAGCAUUCUCACAAGCAUGUAUAAUU